UCCUGUCUGCAGGCAUAAAUAGGCCCCCUGGGAGCAGGAGCUCACUCAGAGACCCGAGACGCUGAGCACUGCAGGUCACUGCGUCAGAAUGAAAGCUGUAGUGCUGACCUUAGCUGUGCUCUUCCUCACGGGGAGCCAGGCACGCCAUCUCCUGCAGCUCGAUGACGCCCAGAGCUAUUGGGACCGCUUCCGGGACCUGGCUGGGGUCUACGCCGAGUCCCUCAAGGACACCAGCAGAGACCAAGUGGCCCAGCUGGAGGCGUCUGGCUUGGCCAAGCAGCUCAACCUGAAGCUCCUAGACAACUUCGACACCAUGAGCAGCAGCCUGGGCAAGCUGCAGGAGCAGGUGAGCCCCGUGGCCCAGGAGCUGCUGAGCACCCUGGAGAAGGAGACGGCGGACCUCAGGGCGUCGGUGAACAAGGACCUGGACCUAGUGAAGGAGAAGGUGCAGCCGUACCUGGAAGAGUUCCAGAAGAAGGUGCAGGAGGAGGUGGAGGUGUACCGCCAGAAGGUGGAGCCCAUCAACGCCGAGCUGCGCGAGGGCACGCGCCAGAAGCUGCAGGAGUGGCAGGCCAAGCUGGUGCCCGUGGGCGAGAAUUUGCGCGACCGCCUGCGCGCCCAGGUGGAGGCGCUGCGCCUGCAGCUGGGGCCCUACAGCGACGACUUGCGCAGGGCCGUGGUGCAGCGCAUGGAGGCCCUCAAGGAGAACAGCGGCGCCCUGGCCGACUACCACACCAAGGCCAGUGAGCAGCUGAGCGCGCUGCGCGACAGGACCAAGCCCGCGCUGGACGAUCUGAUGGUGGGCCUCCUGCCCGUGUGGGAGAACAUCAAGUCCAGCGCCGCGGUCGCCUGGGACCAGGUCCACAAGCAGCUCGAGAGCCAGUGAGCGCCUGCGGCCCGGCCCCCUGUCCGAGAAUAAAGAUUUCCAAAAAGGGA